GUCGCUACGUGGAGCCCUGACAUUAGUUCCGCUAGUGUUGAAAAAUGCUUUGGGUCUCCAUAUUAAUGAUAUUUUUUAGUAAUUAGUAACAAAAUUUUAGAUUUUUGGAAUAGAAUUAUUUUAUAAUAAUCAUGCCAAUUAAAAGUUGUGACUAUAUAUAUUACGACCUAUCUGCUUCUAGAAAUAAACACGGAAGGCUUACACUGUCACACCAAACAGUAAUGGCGGACACCGUUCACGCAGCGUCGGAGUCCGAUGACUGUUUAAACCCAGAAAUCAGAUCCGAGAUGGAGGUAGUAAAAUCACCCGAAGAGGAAAACGUCGAAACCAAAGAAAAGAGCAUAAAUAUCAGCGGAGAUCCUUUCAAGAAACCGGCCAUUUUUGCGGCGCCGUCAGUAGCGUUUAAGAAGAGCAAAAGUGUGCAGAAGGUCGAACCCGAGUCUGACAGCAGUGCAGUCAAGCUGAUCAAAGAUCACCCGAAACCUGAGGCAUCAUCUGUGCAAGAACCUUCUAAAGAAUCCUCAGAGAAUGAUGAUCAGUCCAUUAAACAUGAUUCUGAAAAUCGAAAUCAACCUCCUGUGAGCGAGAAGCGUCCUGCACCAGAAAGGCAGAUCACUGCAACACCAAAACCGGAUGUCCAGAAAUCCUUAAAAACAGCCAAAGUUCCACCAAGUGGUAAAUUUCCUCCUCUUCCAUACACGGAGCCUCAAUGGGGUGGGGUAGCAGGUGUCUCUUACACCUUUGAGCUGCUUAAAAAUGGGGCCAUCCUGGACAAUGUACCUCUCACUCAGCAGAGUUAUUUUGUGGUGGGACGCUUACCAGUGUGUGACAUCUCUCUGGAGCAUCCCUCCAUAUCACGGUACCAUGCCGUAGUGCAGUAUCGUGGAAAGACAGGAGACACCGGUGCUGUAGGAGAAGAGCUUGGGUUCUACAUUUACGAUCUGGGUAGUACUCACGGCACCUUCGUAAACAAGAACAAGGUCCCUCCGAAGACUUAUAUAAGGCUGCACGUUGGACAUGUGGUGAAGUUUGGAGGAAGCACUAGGCUGUUUGUCCUCCAGGGUCCUGAAUCGGAUGAAGAGGCAGAGUCUGAGCUGACCGUUACAGAGCUGAGAGAGCGGGCCAGAAAGCAGCGAGAACAGCUAGAGAAGAGGAUGAUGGGAGAUGGUUCAGAUGGUGAUGAUGAUGACGACGACAACGACAGCGGCAAUGACAAGAAGAUUGAAGAGAAGGUUGCCCAUGGAAGACGGGCUGCAGACGACAGUGGCUGCUCAUGGGGAAUGGGAGAGGAGAACGUCCCAGAGGAGGACGAGAAUGAAGAGAAUCCAUUUGCUACCGAGUUUCAUGAGGACCAAGAAGCAGCCUACCUGAAAGAUCCUAAAAAGGCCCUGCAAGGCUUUUAUGAUCGAGAAGGGGAGGAACUGGAGUUUGAAUAUGAAGACAAAGGACACGGCACCUGGCUCUGCAGAAUCAAGUUACCAGUGGAUGAUGCUGCAGGCAGGCAGCUGAUCGCUGAGGUCACACACUCGGGUAAAAAGAAGGACGCGGCUGUACAGUGCUGUUUGGAGGCGUGCCGCAUGCUGGAGGCUCGAGGUCUGCUGAGGCAGGAGGCAGUCUCCCGCAAGCGGAAACAGAAAAACUGGGAGGAAGACGACUAUUACGACAGCGACGAUGACUCCUUCCUGGACCGCACGGGGACUGUCGAGAGGAAGAGGAAAGAACGCAUGAAGAAAGCCGGCAAGAUCCAGGAAAGACCUGAGACAUACGACUCUCUGGUUUCUAAGCUGGCUGAAGUGGAAAAAGAGCUGGCUGAAACUGAGAACACACUCGGUUCUUCUGAGAAAGGGAGCUGCAGCACAGCUACAGAGGACCCCCUGGAUGCGUUUAUGAGCUGUGUGCGCAGUCAGGCUGCUGUGGAUGUGGUGCAGAGGAAGAAGCUGCAUCUGCACGUGGCCGAGCUGAAGAAAGAACAACAGCGACUGCGCAAACUCAUCGACUUAACCAGACCCACACAGCUGCCGUCGCUGCAGAGCCAGUCUGACUGUCAAUCAUCUGAAGCGGACAAGUCCAAGAAGUUAUCCCUGCCUCUUUUUGGUGCUAUGAAAGGUGGCAGCAAAUUUAAACUGAAGACAGGAACCAUUGGGAAGUUGCCUCCAAAAAGGCCCAACCUGCCGCCUGAGCUCUUCAACAUGAAAGAACUCCCGCCUGGAGGAGAGGAGGAGGAGGAGGAAGAGAUGGAUGAGCGAGAAGAUGAACAGGAAAAAUCAUACGAAAUAGGCGACGCUUGUGAAGACGCAGACGAAGAUAUGUCACAGAGCCGUGAAGAGAAAACUCAGAACCUGGAGAGACAAACAGUAAAGAGCCCUUCCUCACACGGGAAAGAGAAGACUAAAUCAGAUCAUCCUAAAGACGACUCUCCGUCAGAACCUCAAGAGAAAGACCAUCCUCCUCCGAAGAAAAGUGGAAAGAUGAUUGGUCCCAGUAGGCCUCCAAGCACCGUGUCCAAACAGUACCCCGAGGACGACCCUGAUUACUGUGUGUGGGUGCCUCCAGCAGGUCAGACUGGUGAUGGUCGGACUCAUCUUAAUGACAAAUAUGGCUACUGAGAGUGUUUUCAUUGGUGUCAUAAAGGCUGAAGGUCCAGCUGAGAAAAAUACACCUUUCCCUGUAAAAAAAAAAAAGAUCUGGAUGGUUUACGUGGACUUGAGCACUUUGCGAAUGGAUUGCGAGCAGGACAUUUUUCAUGCGUUUUUCGGCUUACCGUGCGGCGUGUGGAGUAAAAAAAGAAGCAGGGGAGAAAGAGGAUGGAGAGUUGCAAGCUCUACAAGGACCUUCUAAAUCGCAUAUUGACUCCGAACGCUCAUUGACUGCUCAGGUCAAGCACUGGAAUCGUGAUCUGUUCACCCACUAGUCAGCCUUAACACACAGGAAAAACCCAUGGCAUGAACAUUUUCAGCACGAACGUCCUGAUCUUUUGUUUUAAAGUUUGCUUAUUCUGUUUAUUUGUCUGUUAUUCCAUUUUCCUUUUUGUUAAUGGUUACAAUACAAUCCAGCACCCCUGCCUUUGCACACAGUCGUCAACUUCUCACGGGAAUAAACGCAAAUAACGCAGAAACCAACAAAUUAACUCCAAAACCACUGAUCCUGUCACCAAUAUAUUUUGGGAUUAUUUUAAUGGAUUACUGAGCAGGUCAGUGUAUUUCUAUAGGUACUUUAAACCUAUUCAAUGUCUCCUACACCUUACUCAGCAUAACAGUUAGAGAAGUCUAGUACAAACCAAACCCACCAUACUGGUCACUCUAAGUGUAACACUAGCCAUCCCGGGUGAGAUAUCAGGCCGUCAUGGGUGAGGAUCUCAAGCCAUUCAGUCACGAACAGCAAGUGUCCAGGCUGGAUUUGUGUUCGGCUUGUGUUACCUUAGCUAGCCAUCUGGAUGCUUGCUCUGUAUCCGAGGUUUGAGAGCAAGCUGUCCAUGAAUCAAGUGACACAAGUGUGUGUGUAAGUUUGAUGUCCCAGGGGUGGGGGUGUGUUGUGUAUGUGUUCCUUCUAUUUGAUAAUAAUGAAGAGUGACUCAGUGUUAAAGAGGCGUGUUGGCAUGAACGCGUGUUGUUUUGCCCAAGGAAAGAUUAGGCCCUCCCACAGACUUCACAACUCUCCAGUAAUACUUUUUUAAGCCCUUUAUUUAAUUGUUCUCUUUUUUGUCCUAGAACAAGAUGUAAAGGAAAAGUGUUGUAUUGUUUUUUUAUCUUCUUUUUGUAAAAAUUUAAAUAAAUGGUCAAAUGUA